GGGAGGCGGGGACUGGUUAGUGUGACUGUGACCGUCGGCUGGUGAGGACGUGGCUGCGCGCGUUGGGUUUUAAUAGACUAUGUGAUAACACUCCCAAGGCUCCGGACACUGAGUACACAGUGAGAGUGUGAGUGAGUGACUACCGCCAUGCCGCGCCCCGCAUUCUGCCAGGCGCCGCGGUGAAGCAGGCCGCCGUCCUUCCCUUCAGGCACCAGGCUAGGCCUUUCCCUACGCCAUGUCGCGGUCGGCGUCCGUGUCCGUGCCGCGGCGCGAACUGUACGUGGUGCCCGAGCGGCGCGCCUCCCUGGAGUUGGAGGACAUGCCGCGGGAGUACGAGUCGUGGCCGUGCGACUCCUUCUUCCUGCUGCCGGACGCCGUGCUGGCCAUGGACGCCGGGGCCUUCCGCGCUGACCUCAUGUCCCUCGACCCCGCCCUCUCCGCCUCGCUGCCUGACUGGGACCUGCCGGGGCUGACGGGGCGCGCCGCCUCCCCUUCUCAGGACCCACCCCACAGGACCCGCGGCCCCGGUGGUCACGGCGGGGCCCACACGCAGCGAGCGGACCGACGCUCCCUCACACUACUAGACCACCACGAGGGCCUCACCGUGCACUCCGCCGGCCAGGGCACCGUGCUCAUAGGUGAGUCCAUGAUACCGAUGCGGCUGGUGAUGGUGGUGUUAAUUGAAGCAGAGGAGAGAAGGUAAGUGAAAAGAAUUGCGAGUCAUGAUGUGAGGAAGGGAGGGGGAAAAAAAAAGAAGAGAUGGGUUCGUGAUGCAUUGUGUUUUCCUGUCUUGUGUGUGAUUGUGGUUGAAGGAGGAGGAGGAGGAGGAGGAGGAGAACGACGACGAGGAAAAUGAAGAAUAAUGACACAAAAAAAUUAGAUGUUUAUUUUGUUUUACAAGUGCACUGUGAUAAUGAGCUGAGAAAUAGUAGUAGUAGUGGUGGUAGUAGUAGUAGUAGUAGUAGUAGUAAUAAUAGUAAUAGUUGUUGUUGUUGUUGUUUAGUUGUUGUUGUUGUUGUUGUUGACGGUACUACUACUACUACUACUACUACUACUACUACUACUACUACUACUACUACUACUACUACUACUACUACUACUACUACUACUACUACUACUACUACAACGGCAACAUUAGCAACAUCAACAACAACCAUUCCAAUUCAUUUACAUAUUUAUGCUCUUUUUUUUUUUUUUUUUUUUUCGUGCCAAUUAACAUUCAUAUUUUUUCAUGUGUAUGCAUUUUUUCGUACAUAUAUUUUGUGUCACAGAAUUUUAUAGCAUCAUUUUCACCUUCGCAAUCAAGGGAUGGACCGGAGGAGGGAGGGAAGGGGAGGGAAGGAAAGGUAAGGUACGAUAGGUCACCAGAGAAAGAGAGGAAUGAGGGGAGAGACUGGGAAGAGAAGGGAAAGGAAUGAAUAGGAAGAAAAGAUAGGGGAGAGUAUGAUGGGAAAUGAUAAUGAAAAGAGAAAGGAAGAAAGGAAUGGGAAAAAAUUGAAGGGAAGAGUGAAAUAGGUCACUUAAGAGAAAGGGGAGUGAGGGAAAGAGAAUAUCAAGAGAAGGGAAAGGGAAAGAUAGGUAAUAAAGAUAGAUAACUAACAUAAGAGAGGAAUAAGGGGAAAGAGGAGGAAGGAAAAGGAAAGAAAUGGAGGGAAAUGGAGAAUAUCAUGGGUUACUAAGAGAAAAGUGAGGGAAAAGAAAAUGAGAAAGGAAGGGAAGUGAGGGAAGGGUAAAAUAGAUCACUAGCGAGAGAGGGAAGUGAGCGAAACAAUGAGAAAAGAAAGGAUAGCAGAGAAAAGGAAGAGAAGAGAGAAUACGAUAAUUCAUUACAACAAAAGAAUAGUGAAAGAGAAGAGAUGGGGGGAAAUAAAGACAGGUCAGUAGCGUAAGAGGGAAUGAGGGGAAAGAUGAUGGGGAAAAAAAUAGAGUGAAUAGAGAAUACGAUAGAUAAUUACAAGAGAACAGUGAGAGGAGAGAGAAGAGAGAGAGGGGAGAGUAAAGACAGGUUAGUAACUUCAGAAGGGAAUGAGGAGGAAAGAACAAGAAGAGAAGAGAAAAGAAAAGAAGUAAAGAGAAAGAAUACAACAGAUCAUUACAACAGAAGAGAAGAGAGAGAGAGAGAGAGAGAGAGAGAGAGAGAGAGAGAGAGAGAGAGAGAGAGAGAGAGAGAGAGAGAGAGAGA